AUGUUUGACGAUGAAGAACACACAGCAAAAUAUCGCCUUCAUAGACCUGGUUAUCCAAAGAAAAUAUUUGAACAUAUUCUUGAUUAUUAUUUUGAUGGAAAAAUUACAGAUAAAAAAAUCCCACUUGCACUCGAUGUUGGGUGUGGCAAUGGACAAGCCACAGUGGAUCUUAGCUCAUUUUGCGAACGAGUUAUUGGUAUUGAUGUUAGCGCAAAUCAAAUUGCUUAUGCUAUUCAAAGAGAUAACAUCGAAUAUCAAUGUCAUACGGCAGAAGAUCUAUCUUUUCUACAAUCAAAUUCUGUUGAUCUAAUCACAAUUGCAACAACACUACAUUGGCUUGAUAUAGAAAUGUUUCUUGAAGAAGCUAAACGUGUACUUAAACCAAAAACAGGUGUACUUGCUAUAUGGACUUACGCAUUGGGCACUUUAGAUAACCCUAAAGCUGAUGCUAUGUAUCAUGAAUUUCACCACGUUCUAUUAUUUUCAUAUUGGAACGCGAAACGAUGGUUAGCUGAUGAUUAUUAUCAAUCUCUUGUACCUCUUUUACCAUAUAAAUCAACGUUAUGUCAAUAUACAAUUGAAAAUCGAACAGAAACAACAAUUGGACAUUUUUUUGGCUUUAUUGAAUCAUUAUCCGCUUGUCAGACGUAUAGAAAACAAAAUGGAGAAGACGCAUAUCAUGAAAUGCUAUCUGUAUUGAGAGACAAAUUAAUAAAAAGUUAUCAUAAGCCGAAACUUCGAAAUGAUUACGAUGAUGCAAUCGAUUUUGAUUCAAUUGUGAUGACUAUUUCAAAUCCAAAUCGACUUUAUCUUAUGAAGAAAAAUCAGAUGUAG